UAAGCGACACUUUUUGAACAACUUUCGUCGUUAUUGAAGUAUGAAUUCGCGUAUUUUGUUAUAUUGUUUGAUUUUUAUUGCACUCAACUAUUCUAGGGCACAGAAUGCAAACCAGGACCUUGAAGGUGAUCAAGAAGAUUCACCAAAUUAUGAUGAUUUUCUACCCAGUAAAGGAUGGCAUAAAAUUGCCAUAAUCCCUUUGCACCGCAAGCAUUUGAAAAGGUUACCACCACAACUCAGAGAUGUGAUCAGUAAAGAUGAAAAGUAUAAGCAUUAUUUCAAUGAAAUGCCCAAAAAUAAAACGGCAAAAACAAAAAAGAAUGGAAAACCAUCAUAUAAAGUUAAUUCUAUUAAAAGACCAUUGGCUGGAUACAAAAAGAAAAAAAAGACCCGGCCAGGAUUUUUAAUUUUGGGAUUAAAUAAUUCUGAUUGGACUGAUGUCACACACGACUAUCGCAAGAAAAAAAAUAAUCAAAUAACUACCAUAAACGACAGUAAUAAAAAAGUCGUGAAUAACGAAAGCAGCUCCCAACAAUUACCUAGUCACGACGGUGGAGUUACAUCCGAGCUAUCUCAAACAGAACGAGUUAAUUCGCAAACUGAUUUGAAUAAUGGAAAAAAAUUGAACCCAAUUUCCGAUAAUAAAAUCAAAACUGAUUUUGCAAAUUCGGAAAAUGUGAGGAGGUGGAAUGAGAAUCAGAAUAAUUCUCGAACAGUCAGCAACAAAAAUGGUUUUCGUACAGAAAAAAAAUCUUACUAUCACAGUAAUCAUACCAAAAGCAAAACUUUCGGAUCUCAAGAUAAACUCCAUUCGGGCAACAAAGGUACCAGUUAUAAGGAAACGCACAUUGCUGAAGAGAAACGUCAAAAUAGUGAUUACACUCAAAAUUCCAAACAUUUACCACAAAAAGAAGUGGGUUCUAGGGAAAUAAAUGAAAACAAAAAAGAUCAUUUACAAAACCGUCCAUCUCUUCGACAAGCUCAAAAUCAAGGAUAUGAUAAAGAAUUUGUAGUUCACACAAAAUCGAGUAGUAAAAAAAGAAUAGAUAAAGAUCGGAAUGAACCGAAAGAUCUGGAAAGUAAGAAAACAUCCAACGACGAGGGAAAUAGUCAAGAUUCUACUUACGAAAAAAAGGAAAGAUAUUUUCAGUCAGGUGCUGACAACCAAAGUGAACGAAAAAAUAAUAUCGAUGAAGGUUCAAAAACUUUGAAUUAUGACGAUGAUCGAAAAGAAAUUGUCUCAGAAAAUUCGAAUCAGGAAAUUGAUACAAAAGAGAAAAGUCAAUUGCAAAAUAUUCCUGAAGAAGGAAAUAACGCUGGAAUACGACAAAGUUCAACAUAUACUGAUAAUUCUUAUAAUAACAGAGAUUCUUCAAUGCAUGAAUCAAGAAACAACAAAGAACAAGAUAAUAAUUCAGAAAGCAGUAAUCAUAAGUCCCUAGUAGAUUCUAUGAACCAAAAUGAUGUCGAACAUCUCAACGAAAAAAAUCACGACUCCGAGCAAUCAAACACUGCAGAUUCUCGUACAGAUCUGAAACCAACUAUUGAAGAAGUUCCACCACAUGAGGUUGACAAUUUUCCAACUCAACCACAGAAUGAUCUGAUAAACGAAAACGUUACCGGUGAACUAAAUCAGGAAUUAGAAAAUAAGAACGUUGCUGCCGAAACACAAAAUCUAGAUGGUGAAUCAAGUCACGAUUUAGAAAAUGACAAUAGAGCAACAGCUGAGCAAUACCAAAGUCUGGAAAAUGAAAAAAAUUCGGCUGAAAUUCAGGUUGGCCAUGAAAAUGGGAAACUAGCCGGUGAAUACAAUCAAUAUGGCUCAGGAAAUGAAAACUUGGCCGCUGAAUUACAAGAGCAGGGACAUAAAAAUGAUAUCGAUGAAUCAAACCACCACUUAGAAAAUGAAAAUACAGUGGUUGAACAACAACAAGGUCUGGAAAAUGAAAAAAGUGCAGCUGAAACACGAAAUAACUUGAUUAAUAAUUUGGAAUCUGAAUCACCCAAUGAGUCAGAAAAUAAACGUGAAAGUAUACCGCCAGUCCUCGACAUAGAAAAUGAAAUUCCUUCAACUGAAACACAAAAUGGAUUAGAAAAAGGAAACGUUGCUUCUGAAUCACAGGAUAGUCUUAAAAAUAAAAAUUUGGGAGUUGAGACACAAAAAAGCCAAGAAAGUGAUAACCUGGUCGCUGAAUCACAAGGAUUGGGAGAUGCAAAUUAUGUUGGUGAAUCAAACCACGAUUUAGAACAUGGAAAUGAAAAAUUUGAACCACCCAAUGAUAUGGAAAAAGAAAAAAAUUCGUCUGAAACAGAAAAUGGCUUCGAAAAUGCAAACGAAUUACUCGAUGAGUCGGGAAGGAAAAAUUUAGAAAACGAUCAACACCCUGACCUAGAAAAUGAGAAUUUGACUGCUGAAUCGAAACAUGAAUUAGAAAAUAAAAAUCUUGCCAGUGAAGCAAACCACGAUUUAGAAAAUAAAGAAGUUGAGCCACUCCAUGAUCUAGAAAAUGAAAAAAAUUCAGCUGAAACUCAAAAUGAACUUGAUAAUACAAACGUUUCUGGCGAAUCCAAUCAUGAUUUAGAAAAUGGUAACGUUGCUACCGAAACACAGCAUGACUUCGAAAAUAAUAAUGUGGCAGGUGAGUCACAAGAUAAUUUGGGAAAUGAUAAUCUUGUUGGUGAAUCGAAUCACAACUUAGAAAAUGAAAAAGGAGUGGACGAAACACAAACCGGUCUAGCAGAUGAAUUACACAAAGAGUUAGAAAAUAAAAAUUUAGAAAAUGAAGCACAACAGGAGCUAGAAAAUGAAAACCUUCCGACCGAAACACAAAAUAGCCAGGAAAAUGAACAUACCGAAGCUGAACCACGAGAUGAGUUAGAAAAUGGUAAAGAUGCGUCUGAAACACACGGUAGCCUUGGAAAUGGAAACGUUGUAGAUGAAUUACCCAAUGAGUUGGAAAAUAAAAAUUUAGAAAAUGAACCACAUCAGGAACUAGAAAAUGAAAACCUUCCGACUGAAACACAAAAUAGCCAGGAAAAUGACCAUACCGAAGCUGAACCACGAGAUGAGUUAGAAAAUGGUAAAGAUGCGUCUGAAACACACGGUAGCCUUGGAAAUGGAAACGUUGUAGAUGAAUUACCCAAUGAGUUGGAAAAUAAAAAUUUAGAAAAUGAACCACAUCAGGAACUAGAAAAUGAAAACCUUCCGACUGAAACACAAAAUAGCCAGGAAAAUGAACAUACCGAAGCUGAACCACGAGAUGAGUUAGAAAAUGGUAAAGAUGCGUCUGAAACACACGGUAGCCUUGAAAAUGGAAACUUUGUAGUCAACAGACAGGAUAGCCAGAAAAACGAAAAUGCCGCAGAUAAAUUACACAAUGAGUUAGAAAAUAUAAAUGAAAAUGAACCACACCAGGAACUAGAAAACGAAAACAUAGAAGGUGAACCACGAAAUGAGCUGGAAAAUGAUCCAGGAGCGGUUGAAACACACGAUGGUCUUGAAAAUGAAAACGUUGCAGCAAACCCACAUGAUGACCAGAAAAACGAAAAUGCCGCAGAUGAAUUACACAAUGAGUUAGAAAAUAUAAAUGAAAGUGAAUCGCGUCAUGACCUAGGAAAUGAUAACCAGCCAAGUGAAACACGAUAUGGCCUUGAAAAUGGGAACGUUGGAUCCUAUCCUCAGGGUGGCCUCGAAAAUGAAAAUUCAGACGCUGAAUCACACAAUGAGUUAGAAAAUAUGACUGAAAGUAAACCGCGCCAUGACUCAGAAAAUAAAAACCUUCCCACUGAAAUACAAGAUGGCCUGGAAAAUGGAAACGCGGCAGACAAAACACAGCAUAGUCUUGGACAUGAAAAUUUAGAAGCAGAGACACAAAAAAAUUUGGAAAAUGAAAAUUUGGCUGCUGACAUGAUGGGAAAUGAAAAUUUUGUGGAUGAAUCACUUAAUGGGUUGGGAAAUGAAAACCUCAUUGGUGACUCAAACCAUGAUGCAGAACAUGAAGUUGAAUCACUCCAAGAUCUGGAAAAUGAAAAAAGUGAAUUGAACCGUGACUUAGGGAAUGAAGAUAGGGCAACUGAAACACGAAAUGAUCUUGAAAAUGAAAAUUUUGCAGGUGAAUCACAGAAUGAGUUGGGCAAUACAAAUUUGGAAAAUGAACCACACCUUGACUUAGAAAAUAAAAUCCUCCCUACAGAAUCACUUGAUAACCGAGGAAAUGGAAUCUUAGUGUCUGAGCCACAAGCUGAGUUAGAAAAUGAAAAUAGAGCAGCCGAACCACGACAUGAUUGGGAAAAUGGAAACCGGUCAGAGACAGAUAAGUUUGAAAGUAACAAUGAACCAAUACAUCGUCUGGAAAAUAACAAUAAUGUGGCUGAACCACAACAAGGCGUAGAACAUGAAAACCUUGCAGGCAAAUCUCAAAAUGAACAGGAAAAUGAGAACGCCGUUAUUGAACAACUAGAUAAGCUAGAAAAUGAAAACAUCACAACUGCACCGCAAGAAGACUUAGAAAAUAGAAAUCUUGAAUCUCACAUUGACCUGCAAAAUGGAAAAGUUUCCACUGAACCACUAGACCAUCUGGAAAAUGAUAAUGUUGCGAAUGAAUCACUUAAUGACCUAGGAAAUAAAAAUCUUGUGCCAGAACAAUUAGACGGACAAGCAAGUGACUACACUAUAGCUGAAUCGCAAAAUCAACCGCAAAAUGAACUGGGAAAUGAGAAUAUCGUAGCUGAACCACAAGACGUCCUGGAUAAUGAAAACCUCGAAGUUCAUCCACAAAAUGGAUUGGGAUAUGAAAAUGUGCCAGAUGAAUCACACGAUAACUUAGAAAAUGGAAAUGUUCCUGCAGAACAAGUAAAUCCAGAUAAUGGACAUAUUGCAGUUGAACAGGAACAAAAUCUGGAAAAUGAAAAUGGGAAUGCUCAAGUUAAUCCUGAAUACAAAGACGUUAAUUCUCCAGAGGGAAAGUUCCGUGACGCGCUAAUUGAUCACUCAAAUCAGAAUGUCGAUCGACUGCCAGUUAAUCAAGAUUAUCCAUUCACAGAUUUAGGAUCGGAAAAUCUAGAUAAAAAUACUGAAAUAGAGAGUAAAUUUGAUAGACCAUACUUGGAUAACUCAAAUGAAAAUCUUGAGCAAACCCAUGGUGAUAAUGAAUAUUCACAGUCAGAUACUAAUCAAUUGAUCGGUUCUGAUAAACCUAAUUAUCUCGAAGGUAAUUCUGAAGGAUCUGUAAGUGAUUUAAACAAAUAUUACGAUGAAUACCCAUCUGUAAAAACAAAUACCUUAGAGUCAGAAAAUAAAGGGAAAUUGGUUCCAGAUGUAAACGAUUUAAAUGAUUAUAAUGAUUUAAAUCAUAAUGUUGAUAAGCAUGAAUCAAUCGAAGAUACUCUCAUUCCGAGUGGACACGAUAAUUUAAAUCCAUCAGAAGUGGAGAAAAUUUCUGAUAAACUUGUUGAUUUGGAUUCUGAUACGAUGAAUAAGCAAAUUAAUGUUGAAACACAACCACAAGAUUUUUCAAAUGAAAAUAUUACAAAUGAGGGGGAAAAUAUCCAAGAUAAAAUAGAAGACUCGCUAUAUAAACCGGAAAAUAAUCUUCCUAUCCAGCAAGAAAAUAAUAAUAAUCAAAAACAACUAAUAGAUUCCGAAGGAAACCCCAAAUAUAAAUAUAAUAUUGAUAAUAACCGUCCAUUUGAGGAAUUGCAAUCAGAAAAUGAUCUAUUAGAUUCCAAGAAUCAAAAAGAAAUUAUUUUGCCCAACGAAGAAAAUGAAAAUGAAAAAAAUGAGUCUGAAAAUCCAGGUUCAAUUGUUGAUAAUAAUUCUCCAAGAGCUUCAGAAAAAUCACACAUUGAAACAAUGCCGGACCUAGAGCGACAAGAAAUUAUCAAUUCACAUCCAAACGGACCUUAUAAAUUAAUUAUUGAUAAUUCAGCAGUUCCCAGUAAAAGCGAACAAUCCACAACGGUUCUUCAAAAUUGCACCAACCCAGUACCUAUUGAAUUGCAGCCUUCAAUAAUAACUGCUAAAAUAAACAUAACAAAGAACGUGUUAGAUACCGUUAAAAAUUCAUCGGGAUCUAUUAUUAUAAAUCCAAUUGUUAUGAUUGCACCUAUCCCAGUCAAUAUAAAAAUCACCUCUUGUGGGGCAAAUGGGGAUAAAUCAAAAUGCACCGUCCAUUCCAAGAUUUCUAAUAAUGUUGUUACCAGUAAAACGGUAGAACCACAGUUACCCUCUUUGUCACCAUGUCAACUUCAAAGUCUUAAAAAUUUACUAUCAAAAUUACCUCCAUGUUCAGAAGAAGAUGAUAGAAAAAGGCCCAAUGAAACGAAAUCUAUGAACUGAUUGGUGACAUAUUUUUUGUU